GAACUCAAGACCUGCCUGAACUACACAGCAAGACCUUGUCUCCAAAAAAAUAAAAAAUAAACCCAGUCAGUGGUUUCCACUGUCCGGUGCUCCCGGCAGCACUCUGCCUCACCAACCCCGUUGCUUAUUGACCUUGUUUCCAACUAUGCCUUGUGAGGUGAGGAGCUUUGUACACUUCUACACCCGACACCUGACGCAGUGAUUCAAUAAAUGUUUGCUGAAUGGAUAUAAAAGCAAUUUCCUCCUCUCAUCCCUCUGUUGCUGGGUCCCUGCCCGGAGCCAGGAUGUUGGAGCCCCGCUGUGGGUGGGGACAUGGUGACCCUGUGGCCAUUCUGGCACUGAUUUCCACCCAAACAUGCUGCCAUCUCCUUCCUCUUGGCCAGCCUCCCACCGCCAAUAUAAGCCUGGACUAGAAGGCACGGACUGUGACGGACUUGAAGGGGGCUGGGCAGGGAGCUGUAGCCGGGCGGGGGCUCCGGGCACCGGCAGCCGGUGCGAGAUGCUCUUGAUAGCGCUGCUGACCACGAGCUUGGUGUUUGGUGAGCUCGUUCACCCAAACCCUAACCCACCUCAGCAGCCUCCGCUCCGCAGAUACCUGCGCUGCUAUCGAUGCCUUUUUGAGACCAAGGAGUUGGGGUGCCUGCUGGGGUCCGACAUCUGCCUCAUGCCAGAGGGCAGCAGCUGCAUCACUCUGCACAUAAGGAACGCCAGUGGCUCGGACAUCAUGGUGAGCGACUGCCGCCGCAGGGAGCAGAUGGAUGACUGCACGGACACCCGGCCUGCCCCCGUGUUUGGCUUCUGGAUAUUUUCUCACUGCUGCUUCAUGAAUUUCUGCAAUGACCCUCACAACCGAGAGUCCUACCUUCAGUAGGACCGCAGAGUAAAUGCCGA